AUGAGCAGUUUACUUGACAUUGUUGCAGUGCGCAUAAAAUGUCAGCGUUAAGUUCAUUUCAAAUCAGUUGAGAGUGAAAUGAGAUCCGAUUAACUUCUUCUUUCAAACUUACUCCACAACUUCAGACGUUGCAACUACUUAAAAUGUUUCAAAAUAUAUUUUCACGUUCUCACAGAUACUUGCAGCCGUGUAGUGCUCUCAAAUAUUAUAGUAAAAUUAAAUCAUCGAAGGAAGUUAAAGUGCAAGUGCGCCAAGGUGUCGUUGUUGGACGAGAAGAACGUCUGCCGAAUGGGACACCAUUUCACUGCUUCCAAGGAAUACCAUAUGCAGUGCCGCCACUAGGGAAAUUACGCUUCCAGCCACCAGUUCCAUUGGAGCAAUUUGACGCCCCUGAAUUGGAUUGCACAAGCCCAAAAGACCCAUGUUAUCAGCGAGAUAGUGUCACAAGAGAGCCCGUUGGUUCAGAAAAUUGCCUCCAUUUAAAUUUGUACACCCCUGUUAAGUCUUCAAGUCAGCCACUUCCAGUUAUGGUUUGGAUACAUGGUGGAGGUUUCCUGUUCGGUCAUGGCCAAACAUUCUUGCCACUUAGUCUUGUGUCGGAGGAUGUCAUUGUGGUGUCGAUUAAUUAUCGUUUAGGCCUAUGGGGGUUUGCAUGCUUGCCAGAGGCAGGAAUAUGGGGCAAUGCUGGUCUCAAAGAUCAGCGGCAAGCCCUGGUCUGGGUACAAGAAAAUAUUGCCAACUUUAAUGGUGACCCAAACAAUGUAACAUUAUUUGGAGAGAGUUCGGGAGCUUGUUGUGUAAGUCUACACUCAUUAGUAUCGCAUGCACACAAACUUUUCCAUAAAGCUAUUAUGCAGAGUGGCACUGCAAACUCGGAAUGGGUAUUCCAACGCAAACCAAGGGAAAAGAUGUAUCACCUUUGCGAUUUGCUGGGUUGUUACUCGAAGGAUCCGAAGGAAAUGCUUAAGUUUCUACAAUCGAAUGAAAAGGUUACUCCUGACAUAGUUCUGGGAAAGACAAGAGUUCUACUUUUACCUGACGAGCGACGUCGUGGCUUCCCUUUUCCGUUACGGCCUGUACUUGAAGAUUCGAGCAGCCCGGAUGCAUUCAUUGAUACUCCCGUGCUUGAGCUCAUGCAACGGACCGAUACUCUCACAAUGCCCACCAUAAUUGGCUACAAUUCGGCAGAAGCCUUAACAAUUUUAAGACGUCAGAAUUUAGAAGAGAUUGAGGGAGAUCUUUCGCGCUUUGUUCCUCGCAAUAUUCCAUUACCAUUCGAUCAUCCAGAAAUACAAUCGUUUGUACAAAAUAUUCGAGAAUUCUAUUUCGGAGGUCAUAAAAUUACAAAAGAGCACCUUCAAGGUUUAGCCAAUUUAUUAACAGACUAUCAUUUUCUUAUCGAUAUACACUUAGCAAUAAAAUUACAAGCGAUUCAUCAACCACGUGCGCCACUCUACGCUUAUCGCUUCAAUUACACGGGAGGACGUGAUUUUUUCAAGCGAUCAUUUAAAUUAGAGCAUCUAGAUGGUGCGUGUCACGGAGAUGAACUAAAUUAUCUUUUUCAAUAUUUCGAAGAUGAUAUGAGCACAUUUUCGGAGAGUGAUGCACAAACCACCAAACGUUUAAGUGCGAUGUGGGCCAACUUUGCACGCUAUGGUAAUCCGACACCAAAGAACAGUGACAUUGCGAAGGAGUUGGGCAUUGCGUGGACGCCUGUUAAGAGACCAAUGGAGAGUGAUGAUUGGAAACUGGACUAUUUAAGCAUUGAUCGAAAAUGUAGCAUGCAACAAGAUCCUGACAACGAUCGCAUUCAAUUCUGGCAGAAUGUAUAUAAGAAAUAUAAGGCGAAGGAUUAUUCGAUCAUAAACGCAAAACUCUAAAUCAAUACAGUUAUAUUCAUAUUUUUUUGCUUGCAUAUUAUGUGUGUGGAAAUUAUAUGUGUAUUUGUUAUAUGUAUGUGUUUGUAAAUAAAAAUAUAUUAAUAAGAGAUGACAUGUGCUCAUUGUAAUCUGAAUCAGAGACUUAACUAAAAAUAUUUUAUUAUUUAUUAUAUAUUUAUGUAAUAUUAUUUAUAUAUACAUUUAGUA